UUCCUCUCUCGUGCUUAAAGGAACGGAUACGUCCAUCAUGAAGGGACGUGUCAUUAUCUGGCUCCUCUUCCUCUGGAAACAUGGCCAACAGACAUCCAGGGACAGGCAGUCUGACAGAUUCAGAGGAUAACAUGGAAAAGUUAUAACAUAUAGCCUCUACAAAUAGUGUGUGUUGUCUACUUGAUAUGGACACACCUUGUUUUCGACCCCUGCUGUUCGAUUCUCAUUUUUUUAUUCUCAGCUCGAUCAUGACAAUCCUCUUCAAAAGACACUGAAGAGGACACUGUCUUGCGUUUACCAGUCGAAUCUGCUAAUUCACUUGGAUUCUCAACUUCCUCGUCGGAGCUACUACUAUAGCCAACCAGCAUUGUGAAGAAUUCACUUAUGAUUUACAAUUUUUAUAUGAUUUAAUGUUAGCGUAUACACUAUCGUUGACAUAUAACCAAUGUGUUUCUCAAAUACGGUUUUUAAAAGACGAGACACCAAGAAAAUGAAAACGUGGAUGAUCAAAUUCCUUUUCGGAAAAUGUUGUACCAUCAGUCGCGUGCGUUAUGCAUUUCCUAGGCGAGAUGUAAACAAGCUGUCUUCGUUCGCUUCGCCCUCCGGAAACUUUAUACUGCGUUAUGUUCCGCUCCAUGGUUCCGCUUCAGCCCUCCGUUGAAAAUAUUCAAUGCUUCAUUUUUUUCUCUUAACUUCUUAGUCAACCCAAUAUUUUUUAUUAAUUAGAGACCAAAUUAACCCAUCCUGAUGAAUUGUUUGAAUUUAUUUUAUAUGAUGAUGUUAUGCUUAUUAGUAAGCGAUCGAGUUUCAAGUAAAUUCAACACGUUUGCUUCUUGCGAGUAUAAACAAUAUAUCACACCCGUAAUUCUCCACGGCAAUAUUGAUAUGCGUUUUUUGUUUCAAUCAAUUAAUAUACUUUCUGUAAGCACCGAUCUCCCAUCACGGGGUACCCGAUAACUCCUGGAUAGCAGGGUUCCGGGUGUGUUUGUGAGCAUGCCAAUUAGCUCUUGGGGUAUUCAUGUUCCCGUGCUCGGGCAGGACCUCACAAGCUAGCCGAUAGCCAGCUAGCGAUUUGUUAAAAAUUUGUUCUCUUUUUCACAACAAUAAUAAUGGCUUAGCUGGGAAUUACGCAGACGAGUACAUGUAUAGUGUUUGUGGGGGUAGUUGGAGUAUCGAAUGGGAGUCACACCAAUUUUAUUGACCAAAAUCUCGGGGAAAAAAUCGCCCCUGGAGCCAGCGUUCAAACAAGAGAGCAUCGGAGAAUCGUCUGCGGAUGUGAAGAAGGUUUCUUUUGAAGACGCAUAAGAGGUGGAUUUGUAUCUUAACUAGGAUAGCCAGGAUCUCUGGACUGUUUCAUCCGGUCCUCUGUACAGUCAAAGAAAUAAUUUGCAACCUGGUCUACAGCAAACCCUUUCCAGUGCCCUUGUGCUAUUUGAUGAACAGUGAACACUUUUCCAGUUAAUCACACGACCUGCAGCCGUCAAUCGGUCCAAACUGUCUUAUUCACACCCUAGUUGGGUCCCAACAACCGGCAAGCUGAAUCCCUACUCACGGGCCCGAAUGACCGAGGCCUGGCAGCAACAUACUGUUGCUCCCCCUCCAGUCGUCCAUGCCAUCCCCCCGGGCGCAGAGAACGCUCUGGGCUGUGCCGUGUACGGUAUCGUUCUCCAGCCCGACCCUCCGGCUCUGCAGCAUGGCCAGCACAGCCAGCAGCACGGGGGGCACGGAGGAGGACAGCACAGCCAGCAGCAGCACCCGGCCCAGGCCCAGCAACCCACCCUGCAGGUAGGCAACGAAGGAGGCCACAAGUGUGGCGCCUGUGGGCACGAUAUCUCCCACCUCGCUAACCCACACGAGCACCAAUGCAUGGUCAGUCAAGACCGGUCGUUCCAGUGCACCCAAUGCAUGAAGAUCUUCCACCAGGCCACAGACCUGCUGGAGCACCAGUGUGUGCAGGUGGAGCAGAAGCCCUUUGUGUGUGGCGUCUGCAAGAUGGGCUUCUCCCUGCUGACCUCCCUGGCCCAGCACCACACCUCCCAUAACAGCACCAACCCCAUGAAGUGCUCCAUCUGCGAGAAGACCUACCGGCCCGGUACCUCCGGCAACCCCACGCCCACCACCUCAGGAACCUCCCAUCACAACCACGGUAGCAGGGCGUCUGCCAGCAGCAGUUCGUCCAUCCUGCCGUUCCCCUCGGCCCGGGACAGGCCGUACAAGUGCUCCGUCUGCCAGAAGGGCUUCAAGCAUCUGUCGGAGCUCACCCGCCACGAGCGCGUGCACACGGGCGAGAAGCCCUUCAAGUGCGACACGUGCGACAAGGCCUUCAGCCAGUCGUCGCACCUGGCCCACCACCAGCGCACGCACAGCAACGAGCGGCCCUUCAAGUGCGCCGUGUGCGAGAAGAGCUUCAAGCACCGCUCCCACCUCGUGCGCCACAUGUACGCCCACUCCGGGGAGCACCUGUUCAAGUGCAACCUGUGCGAGCUGCACUUUAAGGAGUCGUCGGAGCUGCUCCACCACCCCUGCCACCCGCAAGGCGCCCGCCCCUUCCGCUGCGCCACCUGCGGCAAGGGCUUCAAGCGCCCGUCCGACCUGCGGCAGCAUGAGCGCGCGCACUCGGAGGAGCGGCCGUUCCACUGCGACGAGUGCCAGAUGAGCUUCAAGCAGCAGUACGCGUUGGUGCGCCACCGGCGUACUCACAAGGACCCCGGCGUCCGGCCCUUCAAGUGCAACCUGUGCGACAAGGGCUUCAUGCAGCCCUCCCACCUGCUCUACCACCAGCACGUGCACGGCAUGGACAACCUGUUCAAGUGCGCCUCCUGCCAGAAGGAGUUCAGCCAGUCGGGAGAGCUGCUCCGGCACAAGUGCGGCGAGCCUUCGUCGGCCUCCCCGGACAAGCCCUACAAGUGUGACGUGUGCGGGAAGGGCUACAAGAAGAGCUCGACACUGCAGCGCCACCAGAACUCCCACUGCCAGGAGAAGCCCCUGAAGUGCUCCCUCUGCGACCGCCGCUUCCUCUCCUCGUCCGACUUCGUGCAGCACCGCUGCGACCCGUCGCGCGAGAAGCCCCUCAAGUGUCCGGAGUGCGAGCGGCGCUUCAAGUACGUGUCCGACCUGAACCGCCACCGCCGCAUCCACACCGGGGAGAAGCCCUACAAGUGUGCCAACUGCAACAAGGGAUUUAAGCAGCGGGAGCACAUGGUCAAGCACCAGGCCACGCACUCCCGCGAGGGCCAGUUCAAGUGUGUGUGGUGCGGAGAACGUUACAGUGACCUGGGCUCCCUGCAGGAUCACACAGUCCAGCAUACCGCUGAGGGCGGCGGCUACCCCGUGCCCUCUUGCAUUUAGCGUGCGUUGUCUUUGUGUAUGUUCCUUUUUGGUUUUUGUAUGUAAACACAUCCGGAAGUACUGUACCGCCCUUGAACUCGUUGUCCCUGGCAACCCACUCUCCUCUAUAUAACGGUUCCCUAAGUUCCGUAUCAGGUCCCUGCUAAUCUUCUACCAUAGGAACCAAUUUUCUUUGCUUAUCCCUCGAUGACUCUUUCUUGGCAUAACAUUUUUAGAUAGUUAACCACUGACAGAAUUUAGUUAUUUGUAGGUUCGCCGUCUGUAGACUACUGCCAAAUGCAUCGGUUUUUAGGGAAACAUUUUUAAAAACUUCAUAGAGCAGGGCGAUGCAAGAUAUAUUUAAUCCCCAUGCCACGCUACUUUUCUAGCACAUAUAUCCAGUUAGUAAGUAAACUCAUCUUCAAUCACAAUUACCUCCCAUCAGAAAACCAAAAAAAAGCUUUUGUAAAUAACUAAUUGGCAGUAAAGGUUGUUAAAGGGAAAUAUGCAGGACCUUUUGUUAGUGUGUCCUUCCCAUUGUGAUCUGGCCAACCUGAGAAGCCCUUGACUGAUGCGAGUGUUUUUUAUGAACCUCCCUUUGCUCCCUCUUUCACUGUUCUUCAGCUCGUUACUACCUCCAGAGGAAACCGGUCUGUGGCCCCCCCGUCUCUGGGAUGUGGACCCCCCCAGCCCCUGUAGAAACAAAGUUCUGAACCGUUACUUUGCUCCAUAGUUCCUCCCCAACUCGGUGUAAAUACACCUGCACACAAAAUAUACUCUUAUUUUGACAGCAACCCAUCAGACAUCCUAGCGUUCCUCCCCAUCCAUACUCCCCGACCAAAUCCUCUCCAGGGUUCGAGUUUCGAUCCUUUUUAUGUAUGAAGAAACAGCGGUAUGAUUCUCAUGCGACCAGUGUUUUGUGGGUCCUCCUUGUAUUACGUUUUGUAACCGUGUGGAUGUGAUUUAGCCUAUGUUAUUAUGAAAUGAUUCCAACAACAGUGUGGAAGCGGUAGUCUGUUGACACAGACUAUAUACUACAUUGACUUUUGGCAACCAAGCAGCCAAACUGGGCCGGUUUCAAAGCUCUGUCCCAGCAGUCCCAUUCGCGAGAAUAGCAGACUCUACGAGGGGCGGACAUUGUUGUUAGAGACAGACACAGAAGAAGACCCCCCCCAACGUCAUCGUUGAUACCAACGCUAUUCCUCUGUAUAGACUCUUUGAGUAAUAUGUGACGUGACAUCUGCUGCCGUGCUUCUGAAAAAUAUCAACACCACGGAGACAGCGUUUCCUGUGGCCGGCCCUGUAUGGUGGCGCCCUCAGCUUGUGUAUAUAAUGCAGACGUCAUUUUGAGCACAAUUGCCAGUUCAGUUAGAAAAGUGUCACGCUUUUUGUCUUUCUUAGAGAAAAAGAAGAAAAGUAACCACUCUGCAAUGACGACUGUUUUUGUACCCCUGCUACCUUUUAGCCGUGUGAGAUGUUUGAACAAAUAUUCUUUUGUUUUGGCUAUUCUUUUUUUUUUUUGUAGUCUCGUAUUGGUAUGCAAUAGGGAACCUCAAAGAGUUCCCUGUGUGUAAGUGUGAGAGUGUGCGAGAGAGUGCACUGCUAGGGUGAUGCAGAUCUUCUGCAGUAAAAAGAAAAACAUGAAAUACUGUUAUACAGGGGAUGAUAUGUAUCAACAAGAUCAAGAUAUGUGUGUAUCAACCGAUGUAAGUUUCUUUUUGAUAAAAUGCCCUAAUUGUAAUUGGAUGAGUGCGACGUAGUGAAGCCAGGACUACAACUAUAAACCAUUUUCCCUUUUGAGGUUUGCUUUUUUAUCACUAACCUUUUUUUUGCAAGACAAACAUCCAUCUAUUGUUGAUGUAUGUUUUUUUUUUUUACUCACAUAGUUUUUUUUAACAUGUGCUCAGCUUGAUCUGUCUUUGUCGUGGUUUAUACCGUAAUUCAUGAUGUUUAUUUCUUUGAAUGCAAUGAGAUUCUAGUUCGCUCCUCAAGAAUCUUGAUUCACCGUUUGGUUAAAAAGUCUGCCAUAUUGUUAAAUGUAGUAUGAGGGCUGUUCUUGCUGUUACGUAUGUGGGUGACUGUGUGUGUGUGUGUGUGUGUGUGUGUGCGUGUUGGGGGGAGGGGAUGGAUGUAUGUGUAUAAAUAUAUACACAUACAUCCCCACACACACCCUGUUCUUGAGUGUUGUAUUGAAACCUGGUUUGAGUGCAGUAUUUUAUUUUCGAAAAAAAGGAAAUGAAAAGAAAAAUAAGGAGGUUAGGGGAUCCAACAUCAUGCGAUCAUUUUUCUUUGGGCCUUAAUGUGAGGCCCUGGUGCCUCUUCGUCCCUGGUUUGGAGAACCCCCUUCGCCUUGUUCUGUCCUAAUCCCUGACACCAUAACGUUCGGGACAGACAGCAUUCUCUGCAGUUUGAUCAUACUGGCUUAGAACAACGCGCCAGGCAAAGGUCUGGGACUCAAGCGAGGAGGUUAAAGUACUGUGUAUGUGUCUUUCUUUAAAAAAGUUUUUCACACGUGUUUUAUAUUAAUUUCAUAAUUAAUAUUCUUUAAAACAAUAUGAAUAAUCUAUAUUCUUGAUCGAGAGACCAGGGUGCCGGGGUAGCUGGUCGGUUUUUAUUAACAACGAAAGGGGACCGCUGAAAUCAAACUAAACGACAAGAUCACAAUUGGGUGGGCUGGCUGUAGAUCCGUGUCAGAGUGUUUCAGGGAUGUCAAAUCGGCUAAAAGAACAAUGCACUGGACUUAUAGAGGCAGAUCCAAAUGUGAAAGGUCAACCUGUACCCAAAAAGUUAAACUUGGCAUUUGGACAUUAGGGGCCAGUGAGUGUGCACUGCUGGCAUGCAAGAAGCACGACAAAGUAACUGGAUUGAAUACGUCACGUGCAUUCUCAAAACCAAAGAAUUGUUCCUGCCUAUUGUGUAUUUUUUUGUUUUUGUGAGGCUUGUUAGUGGUCAGCAGUGAUUCAUUUUUAGUAUUGCAUCUGAUCUCAGGCACUAAUACGUUGAUCAUAAUGGUCCCAACAGGAGAAUUAGAACCAGUAACAUGACACGGAUCUGCACGGGCUACAUAGCCACUUCAAUAAUAUUAAGAUAAUUAGUUUUAUAAAAAGAUGAAACUCAUCCCCCCCCCCUCCAAAAAAAACAAAACAGUCCAAUUCGGCCUGUUGAUGGACUGCAGCUACAAGUUGGCCUCAGCCCUCCCCCAAACCCCAACUUUGAUUUUGUCCUGUUCUCUUAAUUUAUGAAUUCAGAGCUCCCGUGGCCAGCGCCUCAGGCCCUAGCGUCCUUCUGCCCUCUGCAUGCUUGCUGUUUUAGCUCCUGUAUUCUGUCCCUGGGAACUGGUGCGCCCUCCCUCCCUCCCUCCCUCCCUCCCCUCCUCACCUCUCUCCUUCAUGAAGCACCGUUCCUUCCUAUAGCUUUUUCCAAUUGUACUAGUUAUGUGAAUGAUGUAGUUUAAAAAAAAAAAGAAGAAAAGAGAAAAAAAAAGUUUAAAACAUUGUGGCGACGUACAGUAUGUGUACAUUCAUGCUAAGAUUAUCUGUAUGUAUGUAGCAUUCAAUUACACACAGCACUAACAAAUAAAACUUUUUCAUUUAUAA